AUGAAGCAAGGGAAUGAGCAUCGUAGGAGAUUGGCGACAUUGUUCUACGACCUCGGAAGUAUUUCUGGUGCUGUUGGAAUGGUUCUCGGAAUAUUAGGAUUGGUAUGGACUUGCUGGGUACUUGGACAAAGCGUCUGGGGCCCACACCCCGGGCGACACGGAUCCGACUCGAAUCCGAAUUCUAGUUCAGUCCACCAUCUUACGAAAAGACAUACAGCUUCGCUGGAUCUGUCGCCCUCUACUGCGACAGGCGCGACGUCUAGUCACUUACAACUCAUUCUGCUCGUACGGUUAACACCCCUUUUCAUGAUCGUGCAGAUCCCCGGCCUUACUACGCCACUCUCACACCUCCCACUCUUGAUCUUCUCCCUUUUGACCUCCCAAAUAAUCCACGAAGCAGGCCACUUCUUCUCGGCCGCUAUUGACUCCCUCCCCCUCACCUCUCUCGGCGUCUCACUAACAGUCCUAAUUCCCUCCGCCUUCGUCGCCCUCCCUUCUGCCUCUCUCUUGUCCCUCCCAUCUCGCGCACGUGCACGCAUCGCAGCUGCAGGAGCGUGGCAUAACCUCGUUUUCUGGGGUAUGUUGGUCUUGGCGGGAUGGAUGUGGAAUCCAUUAUGGAUAUGGGAGGAUGUCAGUGAUCUGGGUAAGAUUGUCAUUGGUGUUGAUGAGGACUCUCCUUUGCACCCACAUCUCCCCCUCGGAAGCCUCAUAAUCGGCCUCGAUGACAUACCGCUGAAUAUCCACACCGACGGUCAUGGCACCGAAAUGGACGUAUGGACGCAAUAUCUCACGGAUAGCCAAUUUAACGCCGCGUGGCCGGGUUCGGAUCUUGGAUGCACGAAACAUCACUCCGCACCUCUUCAGCAACCUUCAGACGGAUCAGACUCAAAAUCACCAGGGCCGGGAGAGAAGGCCCAUUGGACGUGUACAUUUGUGAACGAUGAUGAGGUGCAAGAUGAGGAUGGUGUAUGUGUGAGGCCGAGGGAUGGGGGGGAGUUGUUGAGGAUCGUUAUUUUGGAUGAGGACAGGGAGAGAGUUGUCUUAUGGAGAGGACCGAGAGGGGAGGUUUGGGAGCAGGUUGAAACUUCGUCGCUUAAGCCUCCUUCCCUGCUCUGGUUCCUACCUGUAUACACUCCGGGAACAGUCUCUACGUUUUUUGCGUAUCUCAAAUCCCUGACCUUGACACUCUACCUCCUGAACCUCCUGCCUCUCCCCAUGCUCGACGGCUCCCAACUCCUCGAUGCCUUCCUCGAUAUGUACUUCUCCCCAUCUCCGCUCUCCUCUCGAACAUCAUUCGCACGGAGGAACGAUCUCUGGCAAGAAGAGAUGGAGGCGGGCGAAGGCCACGGAAUGCGUGCAUAUCAGAACGGUAGAGAUGACGAUGAAGUUGAUGGAGGGCGAAGCGCGGGCGGUCGAAGAAGGAAGACGGUGCAGAAGGACAAUGUGGUGAAGGUUGUGACAGCGGGGACGAUUGGGCUUGUGGGCGGGUGCGUUGGGCUUGGGAUUCUAAAGGCAGCGGGGGUGUGGAUAUAUGGGAGUUAG